UUAGAUAUAUACCCGCACAUUUGUGGGAGAGGGAGUAGCAAAUACGUAAGUAGUAGGGCCCGGAAUACAUAAAUACGCCAAACUCCAGGCGGCUCGGUGCAAAAAUACCUGAUUCAAAACCCACCAAAAGCUACAAUAAAACCCAAAACAGAUCAAAACACGUUACAAAACAAAAGCAUCUCUCUCACCCUCAACGUUGAUGGACCCUCUUGAUCCCUCUCUCUAGAAUUCUCUCUUCCCAUUUACUAUAUUGUCCCAGGAAAAUGGAGGAUGAGUUACAGAAGCGCAACACUGAUUGCGUCUACUUCUUGGCCUCUCCUCUCACUUGCAAGAAGUUUCGGAAUCUGUUCUUGUAACCAGUCGUUUGAAGGAUGCCGCUCUCUAGGGGAAUGGAUUGUGAGUAUCGGCACAGUGAGGGUGCAAGGCUCAACCCACGGGAUUGUUGGUAUUGGUUGAGUGGGAGCUGUCUGAAUCCAGCCUGUGCUUUUCGACAUCCUUUGCAGCCAUUGGAUGGGCAUAUUGAAGCAUCAUCUGAGCCUGUCACUUUGUCACAUCACUCCUCCGUACCCGUGAACAAGACCAAUACCCCUUGUUAUUUUUACUACAAUGGGUUUUGCAAUAAAGGCGAAAGAUGCUCCUUUUUGCAUGGUCCUGACAGUAGUGCACCUGCUUGGAAAUCCUUAAAGACAGCGUCUGAGGUCAAUGAUAUGCGCCCUCCAGAAAAUAAUACAAUAGCAGGAACUGAGACAGGGCCAACACUAAUAGGAAGACGGCCUAAUUCAGUAGAAACUGCCACAGUCACAGCAAUUGAAACACAGUUUCAGCCUAAAGAGGAUCUUCAGAAAUUGGUCUUUAAGAAUGCUUUUGAACAAAGUUCAUCUCCACAGAUAUCAAUGUCUGAGUAUGAAGAAGCUGCAGCAGUCAGGUCAGAUUCCUUGCUUCCAGCUGAAGGCUUUAAUCAAAGCAGAUCUCUUCUAAGCACAGAUCAGAGUUCAGAGGAGCAAGUGGAUGGCCCCAUUGAACCAGAAGAGCGCUGGGAAUCAUCCCCAGGUUUUGAUGUUCUUGUGGAUAAUAUUUCAGAGAAUUUGGUUUACGAGGAUGAACCUGAGUACUUACUGGCUCUUGAAGGAGAAGGCAGGGAGCUGAACGGUCAAUUCUUGGGUUAUGAUUUUGAAGACCCAGUUGAAUAUGAUCUCAUGUACCCAGAAGCUGAAAUUUUGUAUGACCACAGGAUAUAUGAUUCUUUUGAUUGUUUGGACAAUGAGCAUAGUUCUGAUCAUGUAAGAAAUAUUCCUGGGUGCUCUAGGGAGAGAAUUUUGGAUCCUAUUUUGCCCCGGAAAAGGAAAAAUUUUCCAGUGGAACUAGCAGUAACUGGAAGGAGUGGUCUUGAUCUUCGAGACCGACUGAGAAAACGUCGGGUAACUGAUGGUCACACGGUUACCCGUUUCUCAAGAAGGCAUGAUUCAUCUUGUCUGAUUGGUCGAACCAGAGAAAGGCGUCGAAGGCAUGGUAUGGACCAGCAGCUGCAAGGAAGAUCUGCAUCAGAAGUCAGAAAAAACAUUAUUGGAAUGCUCAGUGAGAAUGAAACUCUUUCAAAUCGUGGGAACAAGCAAGGUUGGGUUAGACGCUCUCGCCUACCCAAGUCUCGGCAGCAUUACAAGGAAAAAGGGCACUCCCAAAGGCAGCAUAUUUCAUCUGAAGACUCAAGGAAACCAGUUUCAAGAGAGAGAAUAUCUACUCGAGAAUAUACUACAUUUACAGGACCUAAGUCCCUUGCCCAGAUUAAGGAAGAGAAGAGGAAAGCUGAAGAAAAUGGAGAGGGCUUUGGGAAAAUGGGAUAUUCAAGCAAUACCCCAUCCGCAGAUUUCCAGGGUCCCAAACCUUUGAGUGAAAUCCUCAAGGACAAAAGAAAGCUGGGUUCAGCGAUGGAUGGCAAUAUUAUCAGCAGCUAAAAUGUAAUCAUUUUGACUUUGAGAGGAUUGUAGCCAUUUAGUGGAAACUUUGAACAAAUUUGUAGAAGAUGAUGAUGUCAAUCAGCCUGAGAAGCCUUCUAGCAUGUUCUCAUUUUUUUUUUUGAGCUCAUAUCUGCUGGCUUCCUGGUAUUUCCUACUACUAGAUGAAGACCAUCAAGCUUCCUGCUAGUAGUGAAACAACGGAAGCCUUGAGAUGCUCACCAGCCUUUGUUUUGGAUAUUCAAGAUCCCUCCUGUCCCCCCAAAACAACCUCAUUUAGUGAAUGAGAAGCGUAACCUAGAGCAGGCUCAUUGAUUGGCACCUGCGAAUAUAGAAUUUUGCUUAUUGAGCUUGCUGAUAUUUCCUGUAUAGAAAUGCUUUUAUCAGUUCUCACAUUUGUGUUGAGAAAACCAUGUCCGUUGCAAUGCUUGUGAUGUGUGACAAUGAUGUAUCUUCAAAGACUAUGAACCGAGGCUCUUAUCACAUUUUUCUUUAUGGAUUUGCCUGAAUCUUUGGUCUUCCCUGUCCAGUCAGUUUUGUCAUGAAACUCCUGAUUUAUUUGAGCGUAUUGAAUUAAUGUGGUGGUGGGAUUGUUUCCA